GAGAAACCCACCGCAAUCCUCUCUGCUCCGACGAGAAACCCUAGCUCCGAUCGGGGAGGGGGUGCCGGAACUCCGCGGCGAUGGUCAACGAGACGCAGUCUCCGGCGUCCUCGAACGCCUUCUCCUUCCUCUCCAGGAGCUGGAAGGAGGUCCGGGUCUCUGCCGACGCCGAUCUCCAGCUGAUCCGCAACCGGGCCAACUCCUUCAAGAACCUCGCCACCUCCUUCGACCGCGAGCUCGAGAACCUCAUCAGCUCCGUCCCCUCCGCCUUCUCCGUCCCCUCCGCCAUCCGGUCCUCCCGGCAGCCCGCCGAGAUCGACUUCGUCAAGCGGCUGCAGCCCAAGCUGUCGGAGUUCCGGCGGGCCUACUCGGCGCCGGACUUCAGCAAGCGCGUGCUGGAGAAGUGGGGGCCCCGGGGGAGCAUACGGAUCGAUCUGUCGGCCAUAAGGAACGCGAUUGUCUCGGAGGAGGCGGACGGCGACGGGGAUGGGGUCGUGGAUUUCGAUUGGGCGAGGAAGAGGAGGAGGAGGAGGAGGAGGGUGCUGCGGUUUAUGGAGGAGCCGAAGGUGGAGAAGGACUAUUGGGAGCCGAUUCGGGCUUUGAAGGCGAGGCUCGGGGAGUUCGAGAGGCGGAGGAGUACGAGCACGAGCACGGUGGAUAUUUUUGAGGGGUGGAAGAGCGGGGAGAUCGUGGAGAAAGUGAAGUCUAGCUUGCAGAAAGCAAUUUGCAAAGAGCCUGAAGACUCUAAGAAAAUACCACCACUUGAUGUACCUGAACUUCUCGCAUGUCUGAUCAGGCAAUCUGAACCAUUUUUGGAUCAACUAGGUGUAAGAAAAGAUGUGUGUGACAAAUUAGUGGAAAGCUUGUGCAGCAAACGUAAAAACCAACUUUUAAUGCAUUCCCUUUCUGGCGAGGAAUCUUCAAUUAUUGGAAAUGAUAACAUGAACGACGAGCUGGAUUUAAGACUAGCCAGUGUCCUUCAGAGUACAGGGCAUUGCUAUGAGGGUGGUUUUUGGACAGACACUGCAAAGCAUGAUAUGACAGAUCAGAAGAGGCAUGUAGCUAUUGUUACUACUGCUAGCCUGCCUUGGAUGACUGGGACAGCUGUAAACCCAUUAUUUCGAGCAGCAUAUUUAGCCAAGUCUGCAAAGCAAAAUGUGACCCUCCUCGUUCCCUGGCUUUGUAAAUCAGAUCAAGAACUAGUUUAUCCGAAUAAUGUCACUUUCAGCUCUCCAGAAGAACAGGAAACUUACAUACGGAACUGGCUGGAGGAAAGGAUUGGUUUUAAGGCUGAUUUCAGAAUUUCAUUUUAUCCAGGAAAGUUUCAAAAAGAAAGGCGGAGCAUAAUACCUGCUGGAGACACUUCCCAAUUUAUCCCAUCAAAAGAUGCUGACAUCGCUGUCCUGGAAGAGCCAGAGCACUUAAAUUGGUACCAUCAUGGCAAGCGGUGGACUGAUAAAUUCAACCAUGUUGUAGGUGUUGUUCACACCAAUUACUUAGAGUAUAUCAAGAGAGAGAAAAAUGGAGCCCUCCAAGCUUUCUUCGUGAAGCACAUAAACAAUUGGGUCACAAGGGCAUAUUGCAACAAGGUUCUUCGCCUUUCAGCUGCCACACAAGAUUUGCCCAAAUCAAUAGUGUGCAAUGUCCACGGGGUGAGUCCUAAGUUCUUGAAAAUUGGAGACAAGGUUGCUGCAGAAAGGGAACUCGGGCAGCAAGCAUUCUCCAAAGGAGCAUAUUUCCUGGGGAAGAUGGUGUGGGCAAAGGGAUACAGGGAGUUGAUAGAUUUGUUAGCAAACCAUAAGAGUGAUCUCGACGGUUUUAAAUUGGACGUGUUUGGAAAUGGUGAGGAUGCACAAGAAGUUCAGAGUGCAGCUACGAGACUGAACUUAAAUCUCAACUUUCUCAAAGGAAGGGAUCAUGCAGACGAUUCCCUUCAUGGGUACAAAGUCUUCAUUAAUCCCAGUGUUAGCGAUGUGCUAUGCACGGCUACUGCUGAGGCACUUGCGAUGGGGAAAUUUGUGGUUUGUGCUGACCACCCAUCCAAUGAAUUUUUCAGAUCGUUUCCCAACUGUUUAACAUACAGAACAUCUGAGGACUUUGUCGCCAAAAUGAGAGAGGCCCUAGCAAAUGAGCCUCAGCCGCUGACUCCCGAGCAAAGAUAUAAACUUUCGUGGGAAGCUGCCACACAGAGAUUCUUAGAGUAUUCCGAUCUUGAGAGACUCUUGAACGAAGAUAGAGGCAACGGCGGUACAGUCAAGAUAAAUGGAAAAGCCCUGGCCAAAUCAGUUUCAAUGCCUAGCUUGACGGAACUGUAUGAUGGAGGGUUGGCUUUUGCCCACUACUGCCUCACUGGUAACGAGUUCUUGAGACUAUGCACUGGAGCCGUACCCGGAACGAGAGACUAUGGCAAGCAGCACAGUAAAGACCUGAAUCUCUUGCCCCCGCAGGUGGAGAAUCCCAUCUAUGGCUGGUGAGCUCGUUGACCAAUACGUAUUUAGUCACUUUGUAAACUAGUUAGGGCUACAUCUUUGGAGCCUAUUGUGCUCGUUUUGUGACAUAUUCUUUUUAGCUUUUUUUAAUAGUAUAGUAACUCUAGGAUCCUAAUGGAUCUAAGUCUUCUAAGUUUUGUAGCCUCGUGACACACUUAGAAACCACAAGGGGGGGAUGUAAUUAUAGCUUAUUGUAUUUGUGAAAAGGAACUUAUAUUCUUAGAAUUAAAGAAACAAUGUAGAGUUCAA